AUGGCGGGCAAAAAAUCGGGGACCAGUGGGGAGACGCUGAAAAAAGAAGGACUGGCGAGAUUCCACAAUAACAUGGGACUCACGAGUUGGCCACAAGUAUCUGCUAUUAAUCAGAAGAAUUACUACACAGAGUACCUCAAGCGAGAUGAUCAAAUCCUCGCCUACCGACUUCAAAAUGAAGAGAACCGCAAUCGUAUGGCCAAAAACGCGAAAGAUAGAGAUAGGUCUCUCGCAAUGGCAAAGGCUGAGCUUCCUUUGCCGGAGCCUGAGCCAGAUGCGGAUGGAGACACCACGAUGGAGAACGCAAAUGGGGAAUCUGUACAAGAGCUGGCGGGAUCGAAAACUAUUGUUAUGCAUGUGGGAAGCCAGAACCUACGAAUCGGCCUCGCAAGCGAUGCGUUACCCAAGACGACGCCGAUGGUCCUCGCACGAAAGUCUCAUGAGAAUGAGGCAGAAGAGAAUGGUGGUGAACCUAAGCCGAAGCGGUUGAAACUUGAUGAUGGCCAGCUUAUGGACCCAGAGAAGAUGUUUGGUCCAGAGUUCGCAUCGCAAUACACUACGAUGUCUGCGGAACUCAAAGCGCGUAUGCGGGCAAACAAAAGAAGAACACUCCCGAACUCCAAGGAAAUGGUGGUCAAUUAUAACCGCAGAACCGUACCUGAAACUAUCUCUGAGCACAAUGAUCCAAUGCGUAUAGAUUGGACGGAAAUUCCCUCUGAUCCGAAGCAAGCCCCUGAGUACCUUACUGGGGAAGCUGCCCUGAGAAUACGAGACUAUUCCAACCCUCGAUAUAAGCUUUUUUGGCCUAUCAGGCAUGGAUGGCUUAACGAAAAUGAUUAUAACAGCAAGACUUUAUUGUUUCUAGAUAUCGCUCUCAUCCUUGAGGAUGCUAUGAAAACCCAGCUUAACUUGUCCGGCAAAAAGGACUGGGGCCAGUACUCGUGUGUGUUUGUUAUUCCCGACCUCUACGAACGCGCGUACGUCACUCAGAUUUUAGAGAUGCUGAUGCGAGAGUUUGGGUUUGCGCGAGUCUGUUUUGUGCAGGAGAGUCUCUCAGGGACGUUUGGGGCUGGGUACACGUCCGCCUGCGUUGUGGACAUUGGUGCUCAGAAGACCUCCAUAUGUUGUGUUGAAGAAGGCAUGUGCAUUGAGAGUUCCCGUGUGAACCUCAAAUAUGGCGGUGCUGAUGUGACAGAGUCUUUCAUCAAAAUGAUGCUCUUUGAUCACUUCCCAUACGACGAAAUCAACCUGAAUCGCCGCUACGACUUUCUUCUGGCUGAAGAAUUGAAGAGGAAUGUUUGCACCAUGAAUGAAUCUAACGUUUCCGUCCAAGUGUUUGAUUUCCAUCUAAGAGCCUCAGGCCAGGAUACACGCAAAUACACUUUCAAAGCCUAUGAUGAGGUCAUACUUGCCCCUAUGGGUUUAUUCCAGCCCGAAAUAUUCGAUGUCUCCCAGAAAUUAAAAGGACGGAGGAAGCUCAUCAGCCCUUCAUACGACCUGUACGAUGGACAGCCAAACGACCCCACCUCCACAGCUCAGUCCGACAUUUUAAUGGCGAUUGCACCCCCCUUACCAGCGAAUAACACCCAGGCAAACCUUGCCGAGAUUCAAUCCACACCAAGCCGCUCUCAAGCGAUCAACGCUAUAAGUCGGGUACAGGACCUGGACGCAACGCCUCGCUCCUCUGCUGCGAGCUCCCCAGCCCCCGAUGCGAUAAAUACGCCGCAACAAGGUGGUCCAGGAACGCCAGCUCCGACGUUGCAAGCGCCAACUACAACCUCAAGCUCUCGCCGACCCGCCGUCGAAGAACGUGACGACGUCCUCCCCAUAUUCCCACUCGAUAAUGCUAUCUUCACCGCCAUCGGCGGUGUUGCCCGCGUCGACGAGCGGAAAUAUACUGAUUUUCUGGGAAGUGUAUUAGUGAUUGGUGGCGGGAGUUUGGUGGCUGGUUUCCAUUCUUUUCUUGAGGAGCGGAUGCAAUUACGUCGGCCGGAGUUAGCUUCGUAUGUUUUGGUUGGCACGCCCCCGCGCGAGCUGGACCCGCAGGUUGUGGUGUGGAAGGGGGCGAGUGUGUUUGCAAAGUUGGAUGCCACGAACGAUAGCUGGAUUAGCAGGUUGGAGUAUGAUAGGUUGGGCAGCCGGGUAAUGACUUAUAAAUGUUGA